UUAGCUCGAAAAAAAAAAGAAAGAAGAGAGGAGCAAAUCCAAAUCCAAAUCCGUCACCACCCACCACCGCCUGCACGCGGAGGAAAUUCCCAUUUCCCGAGGCGAAAUCCGAGGAGGGAGGGAGGGAUCGGAGGAGAGGGCAUGGCGCGCUGCUGCGCCGCUGUCGCCGUCGCCGUCGCGGCCGUGCUCCUCGUCGCCGGGGCCGCGGCAGCGCGGGUGGUGGAGGAGGGGGAGGGGGAGAGGGAUGGGUCACCGGCGACAUGCGCGCGGAGGGGACCGGGUUUCGUCGACGCGCUGGCGUCGAGCUGCCCCUGCAUCCGGAUCGAGCCAUCCCCGCCUCUCGAGGUGCGUGGAGAGGAUAUUGAUAAAGAAUUGAACCUUCGCCGCAGAGGUGUUUCGUACUCCAUUCUCUUCUAUGCUGCAUGGUGCCCAUUUUCAAGCAAGUUCCGGCCAAUAUUUGAAGCUCUCAGCACUAUGUUCCCUCAGAUAUAUCACUUUACUGUUGAAGAAUCCUCUGCAAUGCCUAGUUUGUUUUCAAGAUACGGUGUCCGUGGAUUCCCAGCUAUUCUUCUUGUAAAUGAGACUACAAUGGUACGGUACCGGGGCCCAAAAGAUCUCAGCUCUCUGGUGGACUUCUAUAAAGAAACUACAGGCCUCGAUCCAAUUGCAUAUUUUGAUAUUGAUCAUCAAGACAGUACUGGAGGUUUGAGGCCAGUUAUGCUAGGGGACCGUUCUCUGCAUAAAAUUGCAAAAGACGAGCCAUUUUUGUUGCUUGCAGUGCUUUUUAUUAUCCUGAAGGUCACAGCUCAUUUUGUCCCCAUUGUCAUCGCCCAUCUGAGAGCGUUCUUGGUUGUCCGUGUUCGAAACUUGAACUUAGGGAUCCGUAGAGGAUCAAACCAACUGUUGGAACGAGCAUUGAAUGUGCUUGAUGUGAAGAGGCUUUGUAGCAAGUUUAGACUGAGCAAUAAGACAAGGGACCUAAGGAAAGGUGCGAGUAAUGCUCGAGCUUGGGCUUCCUCGUUUACUUCUGUUUCACUGGGUGAACCAUCCUCGUCAAGGCAAGCUUAAGUGCUUAGCCUUUCAGGGGAUGCCUUUUUGUUUUAGUGUAGUUGCACAUGUGAUGCAAAAUUAUUUAAUCUUACUUCGCAUCCUACUAUGUAUGAUAGUUGCUUUGCUGCGCGCAUUCAGGCAUGUGGGAACCUCAUGGGCAUGUAAAUUCUGAGGGCCUCACCUUGUUGUAUACUAGGAAUAUCUUUUGCAUUGCGGAUGCAAUGCCUAAUCUCGCUGUCAAAAUAACUACUGUAAAUUUGAGAUGUGUGGUGACAGUUUGGAUAGUUUUAGAUG